GCUACUGGUCCAGCUUCACAUUGCACUUGCUCUAUCUGAUAUCCUACUGAAUAAUAUGCUAUCUGCCGCAUGUAUAAUUUAAUCUGCUGAAGCUAUGCAUACCAUUCACGGGCUUUGCAGGGUCUGCAUCGGACGGAAUCUGCCUCAGGUGACUAUCCUUCGGGGUAAAGAUGGCUUCGGCUUCACCAUCUGCUCGGACUCACCUGUGCGUGUUCAGGCUGUCGAUCCAGGGAGUCCAGCGCACCAGGCUGGCUUACAGCAGAUGGACACUGUGCUGCAGCUCAAUGGCCUACCAGUGGAGCAAUGGAAGUGUGUCGACCUUGCUCACGCAUUCAGAAACUGCCACAAUGAGAUCACUGUAGUGGUAUGGAGGACCCUACCUAUCAUGAAGCCGUAUUUUGAGGGCCUGAUCCACAGACCAUCUUAUAAGGCAUCUGCCUACGACACUGUGGUGUCCCCGGUGGGGAAGAAACGAGACAAGACCCCGCCUUUGCUGACCCACCCCGCCCAUGGCAGACGGAGUGGACGUAAGCAAGGGCUGGUGUCAGAGGGCGGCCUUGGAUCCUUGUGGAGGGACAAGCGAGAAGACAAGGGAGAGUACUACAAGGGACAGGAGCCAGACUACGGGACUACUAAGAUGAGGACUCGGACCCUCAAAGGCACCCGGGUGACCUCAUCAAAUGGUGACAACUACAUUAUCCUCUCCCCUGUGGACCCGGGAAGCCAGUUCCUCUCGGCGAUGGGAAAGGAAGGCGCAGGGAUGCAGCUUCUGGUCUUGGGCAGAGCGUUGGGACAUGACAGCCCCCACUCCGACGUCCGAGGCUUCGACCUCCACCACGAAUUCGGUGGACUUCAGAAGGGCAAUGGCUUUCUACAGGACACUGCUAGCGGGUUACAGGCCACAGGCUUAUCUUCUCAACGCUCCAUCAUCGGUAAGACGGCUACCAUGCUGCCCCCAUCUGGCUACCAACCCAGCUAUGGCAAUUACCAGAACUGCACCAUUGUCCAGUCUCAUCUGCCCUACUCCAAUUACGGAACCUAUGUCACGCUGGCGCCCAAAACCCUCAUCUUCCCCGUCUUUGUUCAGCCCCUGGAACUGUGUAGCGAGCGAACACUUCUUCUCUCAGAGGAGAUGAUCCUGCAUGAGAGCCAGUACAUGGUUAUCAAGGUGACAUUGCUCAUCUACACAGACCUGAUGCUGCUGACUAGGGAGGAUGAGGCAGGCCACUGUAAUGUGCUGCAGAGCCCCCUGUACCUCCACCAGCUCCGCCUGCGGGAUGUUCCUGCUGAUGUUUUGAGGUUGUACAUCAUCCACUGGACAGAGAGGAGUGAGUGCCUGUUCAGUCUGGAGGCGUACACGGUGGAGCAGAAGAGGCGGGUACAUCAGUGCCUGCGGGAGAACAUUGACAAGCAUCUGGAGCAGAGAGAUACACUUGUACAUGACCAGAUGUUGGAACCAAUGGCUGAUGUCCAUUGUGAGCUUGGUAUCCUAAAUCUGGGCCGUCAAGCCACCGAAGAGCCCUCCUCGCAAGGCCCUUCCUCCGAACCCUACAGCAUGAGCAGCCCGCCAGCCAAUAUUCUGAACCUCAUCCCCCUGGUGGUGCGCAGCACAGAGGACCUCGGACAGAAGUUGCCCCUCACGCCCCCGCCGUGUACCAUAGGUAAAACCUGCAAAAGCAUGAGCCUGGAGAGAACGGGCAUCUGGAAGGAAAGGGAGAAUGUAGGGGAGGAGGGAUACGAGGAGAGGCAGCAGGGUGAGGGAGAGAGCGCCACUGAGAUGUCAGAGACAGCGUGCAUGGGUGCCAUACCUCUAUCCCCCUCUCCGUCCUCCUCGCUCACAGUCCCAGACGUGCGCUUCCUCGAUCGCUCCUUCAACACAGAACCCAUGGGGGAAGGAGAAGAAGAGGAGGAUGAGGAGGACUGUGACAAAGACGGCCUGGAACGUCGGAGCAUCGGGGAGUGCUCUCCCUUUAGGAAGCGGGGUGAGGGCGUGAGCGGUGGUGACGAGCCGAGGGUCCUCCACAGACGCACGCUUAGCGAAGGCAGUCUGCUGCAGGAGCUGCGCUCGCCACGUUUCAUCUCCGACAGCACCAUCCACCGCCUGGACAGAGGCCAUGCUCCCCCACCGGGCGGCUGGAUGCGGCCCUCCCCCAAGACCCUGAGGAAGGAGUUGACAAGGAACGGAGGCUCGGUGCACCAGCUCUACAUGCUCCUCUCAGGGAGGAAGGUAUGCAGUGAAUCUGACUGUAACCGUGAGUUUAAACAUGGCUGCACGAAAAAGAAGAAAUCCAUGAACCUGGCCAAGGACAUGAAAAAUCGCUUGACUUUCUUGAGGAAGAACGAUUUCUAUGGCAGCAACCCAACAAACAGUCUGGAGAAAGUCCUGAAGUCAGUCAAGCCCUCGCCAGAGGAGGCCCUGAAGUGGGGGGAAUGCUUUGAUACGCUGCUGGCUCACAAAUAUGGAGUGGCAGUCUUCCAAAGGUUCCUGCAGACAGAGUUCAGUGAGGAGAACUUGGACUUCUGGUUGGCCUGUGAGAAGUACAGGAAAAUCAAAUCCCAGUUCAAAAUGGCCUCCCGAGCAAAACAAAUCUUCUCAGAAUACAUGUCCAUACAGUCCUGUAAAGAGGUGAAUCUGGACUCCUACACCAGAGAGGUCACCAAGGAGAACCUGCAGAGCACCUCGGCAUUGACCUUUGACCUGGCCCAGAACAGGAUCUAUGGCCUCAUGGAGAAGGACCCGUACCCUCGCUUCCUGCGCUCGGACCUCUACAGGGACUUGACCAACCAAAAGAGGUUCAACACCAUGGUGCCAGAUCUGCCCUGAGUUGGAAGAGAGAUUGAGGACAUUGGAUGACUUGGAGUCCUGGUUCGUGUUCAUUAGAGGGAUGGACAUUGGGGAGCUGUGCCAAGGUGACAUUCACGUUGUCUAAAUUGGUUUAGAUAAUGGGUUGGUACUAUUUUUGUCAGUGUUAUAUUUACCUCAUCUGAUUCUCCAUGGGCAUUUUCCCAACCUGGUUCUGUGGUCAUUGGUUUCUAACGAGUCAAUUACAUUUUUUUUUUGAACAAAUACAGCUCCCAUAUCCUCAUGGGCCUUCCUGUUUGUGGCAUAGCCCAAACCUUCACUGCCUUCUAUUUCUGUGUGUAACACAGGCAGAUUUCUGACACUUCUCUAUUCCAAAGACUAUAAGAUGCUAUACACUAUAUCUAGGAGGUGUUCAACAUAGCCAAGAGGCCAUCCGGUGUAUUCAAACCGUUGUGCAAUCCACAAACAUGGUGCAAUGAAAUCCCCCCCCCCCCAAAGAAUUAUACAAGCAAUCCUAUAUGAUCUUUUAAUAUUUCAGCAUUGGAAGCUCUGCAAUACAAGGUGGUUGUCCCUGCUUAUAGAAAACCUUGACCAUCAGCAUCCAGAUUCUAAGUGCAAUAUGAAUGUUUUAUGUACAGUGCCCUCAGAAACUAUUCACACAACCUUUUCCUCAUUUGAGAUUAAAAUGUAUUUCAUUGUAAUUUUUAUCAAAGAUUUACACAAUACUCGAACAUAUGUGCAAAAAUAAAUAUAGAUAUAAAUAUAAAAGGAAAAUUAAACACUAAUAUAUCUUGAUUAGAUAAGUAUUCAACCCCCUGAGUCAAUACCUGUUAGAAUCACCUUUGGAAGCGAUUACAGCUGUGAGCCUUUCUGGGUAAGUCUCUAAGAGCUUUCUAGAACCUAGAUUGUGGAACAUUUGCCAUUCUUUACAAAAGUAGUCAAGCUCUGUCAAAUUGUUUAUUGAUCAUUGCUAGACAACCAUUUGCAGGUCUU